UGUCAAUUUGAACUAAUUCAACGCAUCUCGAACUAAAUAAAUCAACCGGCUCUCGAGAGGCAGACCAAAAACGGGAUUUGUGAAGUAUUCUCAAAAUGACUGCAUUCGAAGAGUUUGGUGUGCUUCCGGAGCUGGGAAGGGCCACAGAUGAAUUGGAUUGGACCCUGCCCACUGAUGUCCAGGCUGAGGCUAUUCCCCUGAUCUUGGGAGGCGGCGAUGUGCUAAUGGCCGCAGAAACUGGUUCCGGAAAAACGGGUGCCUUCUGCCUGCCCAUUCUUCAAAUCGUAUGGGAGACGUUGCGUGAUCUGGAGGAGGGAAAGGCUGGAAUGGGCGGUGCAGUUGGAGGAGCUGUGUCCCCGUGGACCAUGUCCUUCUUCGACCGAGGAAACGCGCUUGCCGUCACUCCUGAUGGUCUGCGUUGCCAGUCGCGGGAGUUCAAGGAGUGGCACGGAUGUCGGGCCACCACUGGCGUUCGCGGAAAGGGCAAGUUCUACUUUGAGGCCACGGUAACGGACGAGGGACUGUGUCGUGUGGGCUGGUCUACACAGCAGGCAAACCUCGACCUGGGCACCUGUCGCAUGGGCUUUGGAUUCGGCGGCACCGGCAAGAAGUCCAACAACCGUCAGUUUGAUGACUACGGUGAAGCAUUCGGCAAGGCAGACGUCAUCGGCUGCCUGCUCGAUUUGCAACGCCAGGAGGUGAGCUUCGCCAAGAAUGGCCAGAACCUGGGCGUAGCCUUCCGCCUGCCGGACAACCUUGCCAAGGAGACCUUCUACCCUGCGGUGGUGCUGAAGAACGCCGAAAUGCAGUUCAACUUUGGAAAGACUGACUUCAAGUAUGCCCCGGGUAACGGGUUCAUUGGCGCUUGCCAGGCUGGACCCGAGCAUAGCAAGGCCAAUCCGCUGACCAGUCCCGCAGCUGGAGCACCGUCCGCCAAACCGGCGCCUAACGCCCCCCAGGCCAUUAUCAUGGAGCCCAGCAGAGAAUUGGCCGAGCAAACAUACAACCAGAUCGAGAAGUUUAAAUACCACCUGAGCAACCCAGAGGUUAGCUCCCUGCUGCUUAUCGGUGGAGUGAGGUUGGAAGAGCAAAAGGCGCAGCUAAUGCAGGGCACCCACAUAGUGGUGGGCACGCCCGGGCGGCUGGAGGAGAUGAUCAACAGUGGCCUGGUCCUGCUCACCCAUUGCCGCUUUUUUGUUCUGGAUGAGGCAGAUGCACUUCUCAAGCAGGGUUACACCGAGCUGAUUGACCGUCUACACAAACAAAUACCCAAGAUUACUUCGGAUGGUCGCCGUCUGCAGAUGGUCGUCUGCUCGGCCACGCUGCACGCAUUUGAGGUAAAGAAGAUGGCUGAGCGCCUGAUGCACUUCCCCACCUGGGUGGAUCUGAAGGGGGAGGAUGCUGUCCCUGAGACGGUUCACCACGUCGUCUGUCUAGUCGACCCGAAGAUGGACACCACUUGGCAGUCGCUGCGCCAACCCAUUGGCACCGACGGCGUCCACGACCGGGACAACGUUCAUCCGGGCAAUCAUUCGAAGGAGACGUUGUCGCAGGCAGUGAAGCUGCUCAAGGGCGAAUACUGUGUGCACGCUAUAGAGAAACACAAUAUGGACCGAGCCAUUAUCUUCUGCCGCACCAAGCAAGACUGUGAUAACUUGGAGAGCUAUCUCCGCCAGCGAGGCGGAAACCACUACUCGUGCGUCUGCCUUCAUGGGGACCGAAAACCGCAGGAGCGUAAACAAAACCUGGAAAUGUUUAAGCGGCAACAGGUCAAGUUUCUGAUUUGCACGGAUGUGGCGGCUCGUGGUUUAGACAUUACGGGUCUGCCGUUCAUGAUUAAUGUGACGCUGCCCGAUGACAAGACCAAUUACGUGCAUCGCAUCGGACGUGUGGGCAGGGCGGAACGCAUGGGGCUGGCCAUCAGUUUGGUGGCCACAGUGCCGGAGAAGGUUUGGUACCACGGCGAGUGGUGCAAGUCACGCGGCCGUAGCUGCAACAACACAAACUUAACCGACGUCCGGGGAUGCUGCAUCUGGUACAACGAACCAAACCUACUGGCCGAAGUCGAGGACCACUUGAACAUCACCAUCCAGCAGGUGGACAAGGCCAUGGAUGUGCCAGUUAAUGACUUCGACGGCAAGGUCGUGUACGGUCAAAAGAAUUUCAGAACUGGCAGCGGCUACGAGGACCACGUCGAGCAGCUGGUGCCGACUGUACGCAAACUGACGGAGCUGGAGUUGCAAUCACAAUCUUUAUUCUUGAAACGUCUUAAGGUCUAACGCGGAUCUGGAGCGACAUUUAUUUGCUAAGCAAGGAAAGGAUAUUGUGAAUUGAGAAGUGCGUGAUCAACUCACGCGAAAAUACUUUUGCGGCACAGACACACAAUUUUGUAAAUGUAGGAAGUCGGAGCUCAAGCUCUGCCAUUAAAAAUAUACAUUUAAUUAAACUAA